UGAAUGGGGAAAGAAGAAGAAAAAAAUCGAUCGGAUGACAAACUGUCUUUUUUUUUUUUAAGUUUCUUUUUCAGGGGGAAAGUUAUAUAGAAACUGACGCUGACGUCAUUUCUAGCCGAUCAAUCACAGGAUCGUGCGACGAGUAUAUCCUGGUCCGAACAUCUUUUUGACGCGACACAUUCUCUACACCCGUAAGAAAUCGACCGUGUGGUUACACAAGACGCGACGGGCGCCGGCCCAAAAAUGAAAAACUCACACAUGCGCCUAAGCACAUCGAUUAUCUACAGUGACAUGCUCAAAAACAUGGAGGGUCAAGGAAACGGAUGUGUAUUCAAUACCGGCAGCCCCGAUCUGUGUCUCAUAAAAGAGGGGGAAAAAAAACAAAAAGACGUGGAUGGUGCAUAGUUUCGAUAGGUGAUGGAUUAUGACCCGGACAGGCAACAUUGCAUUUUUAAAACACACUUUUUAUGUGGUAUAAAAGAAAGCGUGACGCGGAGGAAACACAUAAUAAAUGACUUGUUGUUGUGCUACCGGAAUGGUACCUCCCGAAAUGAUUUAUAAGUGCCGAACAGAAACAACAGCGGCGGUGGUGGCGGCGGCGGUUCAGUCCAUAUAGAUUCUAUGGCCUAUUUAGCGAUUUUUUCUCGUUCAAAUGCUGUUGACGUUCGGCUGAUUUAUGAACCAUCGAUCUUUAGAUAAUUUAGUGCUAUACAUCAGCAUUUACAUCCAAUUUAUCAGUUCUGCAUAGAAGUUUCUGUGCAGAUGAAACAGGCCGUUACACCCGGAUCUUCUUUUUCUUUACUCAUCGUCCCGCUUCGUGUCGAAGAAAAGAAUCAUAGAAAAAGAGAGAAAAAAAAAAGCAAAAGAGAACACGAAAGGGAGGCAAAAGUUUUUAAAGUCGGUGAGUAGCUGUUAGCUCGGUCAGCACAACGUGAUAUCCUCUCGCCGCCGCCAAAAAACCGUCGAUUAUUUAUGCAUCAAGAAUGAGACAAGCUCCAAGGGGACGACGAAAACUCGUGUAAAAAAACAAAAAAAAAAUCUUUCAAGCAUUUUUGGACUCGUCACUCUUGAAUUUUUUAAACAACAAAUAAUUUUUCCCCUUUUUCAAUUCGAGUGAAAGAUACUUGGAACUCGCUGACAACCUGUCCGUCACAACUGACUUUGUUUGGUGAUGGAACAAUUUCUCCCAACAUUCCGGUGUUUAUGAUAAAUGAAUCAAUUGCCAGUUAAAGAAGGAACAAAGCGAAGAGCAAAAGAUGGAGGGAUGCUGUUUAGAAAAAUUCUAUAGAAUGAACCUCCGGGAUAUAACUCACAAAUCACGCGUUUGCCGAUAGUGAUGACGCAACGCCAGCGGCCCAAAAAUAGUCGACAUCUGGAACAUCCGUCAUAAAGUGACCAUUUCGUCUGUCGUAUCAUCAUCAACACCAAGAGUUAUUUGCUCCAUGAAACAGCGCGAACUCCCGCCGCCGUGCAAGACACGACCGCAGCAGCAGACGACUCUGCGAGCGGUAGGCUCCUCCGUAUAAAAAGCGGAACGCCACUCGGUUCUAGACAUCAGUUGGUUGUGUUUCUUCCUCUCGCAACCUGUACCACUCGUUAUUUUUUGUUGUUGUUUAUUCCCCCCCCCCCCUCCAACCAACUAGUGUUACAUUUUCUUGUUUCAAAGUGGAUUGUGCUGGACUGUGGAAUCGCCUUGAAUUUUGGAUUUAAGUUUUGCGUUGUUUUGUUUUUCUUCUGUGUCAUCCGCACUCGUCAACAUGAAUCGUCUGCUCAUAGCCAACGUUUUGUUGACGUCGUCCUUGCUGGUCUCGUGUACCUUGGCACCGUUCCAUCACCAUUCCAGCAUCCAUCCGGGUUUACAUGGCCACAAUAACCCGACGGAGAAUGGCAAUAGUGGUAGUAGUAGCAUGGUGACAUCCGCCAGUCAAGCCAAUCAUGUCGGACCAUCCAUCACGACGACCGCAACAAUGGCGACGACAACAGCUCGUGAAGUCGUCCGAUACACGACGACCAGCCCGAUCGAUUACUGUCGAGGGCAGCCGGACAAUUAUGCAGCGGUCGAACCGGCUUCCAAAUGCCGACGUUACUUUCGCUGCGCCAAUAAUUCAAAGUCCGUUUACUUGUGUCCGGGUAAACUGGUUUUCAAUGGCCAGCGCUGCGUCCAUCCCAGCGAUUAUCAAUGUCACAACUCAUCCAUCACAGAGUCAACAGUUUCGCCUUCGUUACCAGUUCCGUCACCCAUUGCCAGUCCGGUCGAAGCUAAAAACGAGGUGGCCAAGAAUUGCGAUGGAAGACCAGAUGGAUAUCAUCAAGACGGUGAAUCUGGAUGCCGGAGUUAUUUCUACUGCACGAGUGGAAUGAAAGCCACUUACGUCUGCCCGGGCAGAACAAUCUUUGACGGACAACGCUGCGUCGAACCGGACGCUUACACUUGCCCGCAUAAUUCAUCAGACUGUCAAUUAGGAGAUACAACUGUCAGCAAUGGCUAUCAGGCUGACUUGAAUUCCGGCUGCCGGAAUUACUAUUUUUGCAGCGGAGACGGGCACAAGCUGAUCACGUUAACUUGUUCUGACGAUCGGUUGUUCGACGGCAAGAAAUGCGUCGAUCCGGACCAUUACCGCUGCCCGUCUGAACACGUGACUACGACAGACAAAUCAAAAGCCAAUGGAGCUGCUUCCGUCCAGCUGGAUUCGUAUUAUUCGUAUUCUCCUCAGUCACCUGCCCGGAAGCCGUCAGCCGUUCAACCGCAGACCUUUUUCGUCAUCAGCAGCCGGAACAGCGCCACUACGAUCCGUCCCCAACAGCAAUUGUCCACUAAUCCGUCCAAAGAUUAUUGCGAAAAGAGUUACGGAUUUUUCGCCGUUCCCGCAACAGGAUGUCGCCAUUAUUACAUGUGUAUCGGCGGAUCGCGAUCGGAUCUUCAAUGUUCGGGUGAUACCAUCUUCAACGGCCAAUUGUGCGUCGAUCCGUCUCAGUAUACUUGUCCGGAAUCCAUCCACAAAGCGGAUUGCCAAGGUAAAUCAGAUGGAGUCUAUCCCGACAAGCAGUCUGGAUGCCGGAAUUAUUUCCUGUGCUUGGGGGAAGUGCAAACGAAUCUCAGUUGCCCGACUGGCCAGCUCUUUGAUGGACGCAGGUGCGCAGACAGUCGCCGCGUGACUUGCAAUGAUCCCUCGGCUGUCCACGAGGGUCGGACCAAUUCCAUGCAAAGUCCGUGCGCUGGAAAGACGAACGGCCUUUACCUUGACCAAAGCUUUCCUGGAUGUCGUGGUUAUCUCUACUGCCGGGCAGGUCGUCCUUACGGACCCUCAGGUCGGUGUACUCGAAGUGAACGAUUCAGUGGCCAGCACAGCCGCUGUCUACCCAAACACGAAGUGGAAUGUCGAUCGUCACUUGAUGAUAACGAAGACGAAGAAGAAGACUACAUGAUGGCAGAAGCGUCCGCCAUGUUGGUAACGAUAAUCACUGACGACAUAAUUACGACCACGCCAGCAAGCAAUUAGGUUUAACUCAAUUCUGUUUCUACCAUUUUUAAUAAUAUACAUACAUGUACACAUCAGAGAAUUGGACCAAAUACGUUUUGAUUGCUUCCUUUUCGUCUUUGGCCUGAUUCCGCUUUAUUUAUUCUCGAUUGAUUGCCAAAACGACCACAUUUUCCUCAUGUAGAAUUCCGGAUUUUUGUUUUUGUUUUUAACAUUCAACAGCGUUGAAUUCUAAAACAUUCAACAGCAACUUUCGUAUAAGCAAUCGUAUGUUUAUUAUCUGUUACAUUCCGUUUGUUACCCACUCCCGUCGAGAGGGAGGCCAUUCAUAACGUGCCAGAAGAAGACCUUCCUGUUUUGAAUAUGACGUCCUUUGUGUGUUUUGUUGGUCCUCGUGUAUUCCUCCGUAAAGCUUGUUUGGUUUGACUUUCAAGAAUAUUUAUAUACAUGUAGAAAUGAAAAACUUAACGGUCGAUGUUUGCUACAUUUUGUCAUAACGAGUAUUCUGCUUAUACAAGUAGCAUUACCAUUUACUUUAUUUAAGUCUUAAAUGUCAGUACUGUUAGUGGCAAUAAAUUGAAUGUGACCAACAACAAAAGCGUGUGGGGACAUAUUCAACUGGUGUCGCCAGUUGUCGAGUUAUUUUAUGCGAUCGUGAAAACGUUAAUAAAGGCCAUGACGUCAUUGGCCAGUUCUUGGCGUACGAUUCCGAGGCGUCUUCAGUUUUCGCCAUCAGAUGGCAUCAGAAACGGCAUCAGCCAUUUUUUUCCCUCAUGGUAUCCUGAUGGCUGAUAAAUUAUCCAGUUAGGAAUGGUUUGUUUAUACUUUUUCCUUUGCAUGCUUGUGCUUUGCAGGCCAUACAUGCUUUACUGAUCUUUAAGUGAUUCUAACAUUCACUGCUCCACAAUCCACAUACAGUACAAAAAUUUAAAUUGAAAUAAUCAUGAAGUUAACAGACUCAGAGACAGACCACUUAAUACUUCAUGAGGGAAUAAAGUAAUAAGCUUAACCCGAAGAACGCUUGAAAACAUCCUGAAAACCUGUUUUCAGCUUAAAGCAUUGUCUGCUUGGGACUUUAAAUUCAGCUUCAUGUAAAGUUGCUCAGUACAGACUGACCCAGAAUAAUGAAGUAUUGGAAUGCAAACUAUCAUGGAUGUGAACGAAUGGAAUACAUUCUUGAAGAAGAGAAACAAGGGAUAUGAGGAGAAACCCAAAUGAAUUAUCUUAUUUGUAAUGGUUUCUGUAUUUACCUUUUCCUUUGCAUGCUUGUGUCUUCUGCAAAAUCCCAUGCACUCAUGCAGUGUGAGAUGGGGCAGUGCUCGUGCAGGAGCUGUAAAUAACUGAUACAAUAAUAUCUUAUUUUCUCUUUUUCUUGAUUCAAGUGAGUAUAGAUUUUAAUCUUUCAACAUGAUUUAAAAAUUGUCGGUCUAUUGGUGUGCAAGAUGAAACUUGCUUGAAAACAUUUUCUACUCUGGUGUUCCAUGCUUGUUUCACUGUCUUCAGUUGACCCCUGCAAUGCCUGGAAGUGGUCAGUCCAUCUAAAUUUGACUUUAUCCUUUCUGGUUACAUGAGAAGAUAUCUCGAUGAGGAGUUAAUUUUUCCUUAGCCUACACAAUCCAAGUAAUUUUAAUCAUGUCCCGAAAUAGCAAAGGCAAGAAAAAAAGAUCACAAAUCAGGCUACAACUCCACAAAGUGACACGGAUGAAGAAAAAUACAUUGUUGAGAAAAAUCUUGACCUGAGGGAGAAGAAUGGUGAAGUUGAGUAUUUGCUUAAAUGGAUAGGAUUGUCAGACAAUGACAAUACUGGGGAACCCAAGAGAAACUCGGGUUACUAUUAUUUGAUUGCAACAUUCGAAAGCAAAAGAAAUGAGAAGGAAAAAAUGAAAAAGAAACAAACAUAAUAACAAAGGAAAAAGAAAAACAUCUAUCGUUGAAUGAAAAUCAUGAAAACAAGCAAAACAAGCUAAGCCAGGAGAAGAAAAAACUGAAGUGCAGAUGCCCAUUCUUCCAACAGGAUUUGAUCGAAAUUUUAGGAGCGACCGAUGACAGUCGGUGAACUUCUCGUCCUGUUAAAAAGGGAAAUCCUCCGAUGACUGUGAUCUAUUUCCGUCUAUCCUGGCUAGCAAACUUUGCCCGCAAGUCGUGAUCAAGUUCUAUGAGAAGAACUUGUAUCGGCCAAACUUAAAGAGCAAAACUUCCAUGAAAAAUUGAAAAGACAGUUUGUACUGUAGUGUAGUGUCAUUUUUAUAAUUGUAAUGAAACGCCUUUAUUAAGAGUUGAAGUGUGGAAAGGUAUCACCUUUUUUCCACGUUUGCUCUAUACGCUCGUCUUUACCUAUCGAUUUGUGGACCUCGAAUUCCCAAGUCCUUGAUACAAGGUUUUUAUAAUU